GCGUUGCGUUACGUUUCUGCAUGUUACCGCGACUGUUCUAACAUGGCCGCAUGUUAGUUGCUGAUUUUCUUUAUUGUUUGCCAACGUAUUAAAAAAGAUUUAGUAGUGGUGUUUGGUUAGAGACUUGAACUGAAUAAACUUUCGACGACUCCAUAAAUGCUCAAUUGUAAUAGCACAGUGCCAGACAACUGAAUAUUGCGACUGAUACGUCAUUACCGGUCUCUGAUUCAACUCCUCCCUUUCAUACAACAACAAACCGAAAUUAUUUACGAUAUAAUGCUGCAAGAACAUCAUCACAUGUCACAAAACGGGAUGCAGAGGAAUGCCAGGAUGGGAAUGCAACAAAUGGGCCCUCCCCCGAAUCACAGGAGCCAACCCAUGCUUAUGAGCAUCCAGCCGCCGGUGCCCGCUACCCACGCAGGUGUUCUGGUUUCGAUGCCUCCGGGUCCUACACUCAUUUCGACCCCAUCCAUACCGCAACAGCCCCAGCCAAAAAGUAAUCUACAGCAAGUUUAUCACUAUGAGAACGCGGCAGCACCUGAAACGGAACAACCUCAGCAUAACAACGACACACAGCAGCAGCACCAAUCAGGUCCGAACACUAGUACUUCGUCUGCACCGCCCAGUACUACUUUGGCAAACAUAAAAGAAAAAACGCCAAUGUGCUUGGUCAAUGAAUUGGCAAGGUACAAUAAAAUACAACACCAGUAUCAGCUGACAGAGGAGACAGGACCAGCACACAAAAAAGUAUUUACCGUCACACUUAAAUUGGGCAACGAAGAAUACAAAUCUGAAGGUCCGAGUAUUAAAAAAGCCCAGCAUUCUGCAGCUGCACAGUCACUAGCUAAAACAGAAUUCAAACAUCCGCCUUCGAAAACUGUUCGAAAUCGGCCUGGCAACAGGGCUACCAAUCCCGGUGUGAUGACCCCAACUGUAGAAUUAAAUGCUCUUGCCAUGAAAAGGGGCGAACGGCCGGUUUACAUAGUGGAAAAUCCUCCACCACACCAUUCACAGGGUUAUAUCAGUCAAGCCGGCUACUACCCUCGCCAAAAUAUGUACGGUGCUCAAAACCAACCCAGAUACGGUUACGAUGCCCGUCGAAACAUGCGACCUCAUUAUCCGUACCACGAGAACCGCUACUACGGCCAAUAUAGACCCACGGGUCCCCACAACCCCGGCGACCCUUACACUGUAAGGUUACGUGUCGGCGACAGGGAAUACCCCGGAGUGGGGUACACGGUCCAGGCCGCCAGACACGACGCCGCCGCCAAAGCCAUCGAGGACAUCAAAGCGAUGGGCGAACCCACAGAGCAACCAGGUAAAUAUUUCCUCCUCGUUCGAGAAUGUUCUUAUUUUUUCCUAUCUACUGCAGCAGCAGCCGAAACUACGCCGACCGAUAUCAACACAGAGCUUAAAUCACCGAUCUCACUUGUCCACGAAAUAGCUCUGAAGCGAAAUCUUAGCGUAACGUUCGAGGUGCUGAGCGAAAAGGGUCCGCCCCAUAUGAAGGUCUUCGUGACGCAGUGCCGGGUGGGGAACUUCGUGGCGGAGGGCGAAGGCAACGGGAAGAAGAUCUCGAAGAAGCGAGCUGCAGAAAAAAUGCUGGAGGAACUGGCGAAAUUGCCACCGUUACCUAAUAUGCACAAUAUGGUCCAUCUUAAGCGGAAAAGAGUCACCAAUAAGAAGAAAACGCGGAACUUGAUUAAAGUCAAUAUGGAUAAGUCAAACGAGUUUCAAGAAGAAAUUAAUCCUAUUUCGCGCCUAAUACAAAUACAGCAGGCCAACAAGGAGAGGGAACCGGUGUAUACUGUUUUGGAGGAACGUGGUGCCCCCCGCCGCCGAGAGUUCGUUAUAGAGGCCUCCGUGAACGGCCAUUCUUGCACCGGAGUAGGUCCUAACAAAAAAAUUGCCAAACGCAACGCCGCCGAGGCUCUCUUAAACUCGCUUGGCUACGGCAACCCACCUUCGAAUCCGAAGCCGGUCCUGAAAACCGAGAAGGAGUCCGAAAUCGUCGACAAAACUCGGAAGGUGACAUUCGUCGAAGAAAAAACCGAGCCAACUCCUUCGGUUGGUGGAAGUGGUGGUAGGCAAUUAGUCCCCGGUAUAUUGCUCGUAGGGGACCAGUCCACCAACUUCCAGCAGAACAAACCAAAGGAAAGCAUCAUGAAUAACAACUCCAAUUCGUGCGCAGAUAACAAGAAAACGGGUCAGACUCAGUUGAAAACUCCUCCUCAGCCGAUCCAAGGUGUUCGUUCCAAAGACCAGUUGUUGUACUUAGCACAACUGAUGAACAUCCAAGUUCAGUUCUCUGAUUUUCCUAAGGCUAAUCAUGAGAUGUAUUUAACUCUGGUGUCUCUAAGCACCAAUCCUCCACAGGUUUGUCAUGGCGAAGGUCCUACAACUGAGGCUUCUCAUGAAAAGGCUGCUUUAGAAGCACUCAAAGUUUUGUCAGAGCUGGGUUUGGACAUAGUUGGCCCCAACAAAGAAGGCGGUAACGAAAUUACCGCCUCUCAAGGGUCUUCCAAGGUUGGAAUCCAAAAUGGAGUCAAGAAGUAAACGUUAACUGAACUCUAGCAUAGACUGCAUCAAUGAAAAAUUUUUAAGAUUAGACUGUUGAAGUACCAAAUUAUAAAAAUAUAAAUCUCAUAUUUAUUGUGUUUUCAUUGAUACAGACAUGUACUUAGGAGAGUUCCAUGUGGCCAUGUCAAGUAUGCAUAUUAAUAACUAAGAAUUAUUGUUUUGUUUUAUGUGAUUUCAUUAACAUAUGAUGUUAUAUGAAAUGAUUUCAUGUAUCUGUGUAAUUCUGGUUAUUGCUUGCACUGUUUAUAAAUCAGUGCUAUCCCAUUUCGUUUUCGAGGGCAGAAAACGACUUUGGGAAUACAGUAGUUCAGAAUUGAUUUAUAAAUUUCUUUCAUAACUUAGUGAUUAUUUUAAUUGUCAAAGUAUUUUUUUAAAUAAUCGUGAAAAGUGCUGUUGCUAUUCUUUAGACGCGAUACAAUUCUGAUCUGCUGGUUGUUUCUUUGUUGUAGAUUGAUUUCAGUAUUCCAGGAGACUUACAUAAUUUUUAGUAAUUUUAUUUUUUCAACGUUCUUUUUUUAUAUGUAUAAUUUAGUGUAAAAUUUAUACAAUCUUAGUUCUUAUCGUGCGGCGUACGUACGUACGUAACUUAAAAAAAUUAACUGUAUUCAUUGUAGACCAUUUGACAUUGUAAUUUGACUCUACCGAAUUUGAAAUCAACUUAAGAAAAAACUUUCUUUCAAACCGCAACAAAUUGAUUUCAUUAUUCCAGGAGACUUCAAAAUAGACUUCUCUACUUACUAGGAUUUUUAAUUUGUUGACUUUGCUUUCAACUAUUUAGUAUCAUCUCAUCCCAUUUUUAGUUUCUCAUUGUGCAACUUACUGAAGUAAGUUAAAAACUUAACUGUACUCAGUGUAGACCAUUGAAACAUUGUAAUUUGACUCCAUUGAAUUUGAAAUCAAUAAACAUUAUUAAGCAGAAAA